AUGUGAGUUUUUACUGUUUUGACAAUAACAAAUAGCGGCAGCUUAUCUAAGAACUGAUAGUACGAGUUAAGUGACAGUGUUAUUGAUAAUGAUAUUUGCUGAAACGUUACUAUUUUCACUAGCACUACUUGGCUGUGCUGUUACUUUUUUUAUUUUGAUAUAUUUCAUUAUUACACUUUCUGACUUAGAAUGUGACUAUUUAAACGCUCAAGAGUGUUGUGAUAAGCUGAAUUAUUGGCUCGUUCCGAAAUAUAUCUGCCAAUCUUUUACCACUUUCUUACUGCUAGUUCACGGGCACGUAUUAUUGUUUGUAUUGAACUUACCUAUGUGCAUAUGGUUAACUUUUCAGUAUUUCACGAUUCCGCAAGGUAACUUGGGUGCUUAUGAUCCCACAGAAAUUCACAACAGAGGUCAACUAAAAAGAUAUAUGCGUGAUGUGUUAAUACAUGUUGGCUAUUAUUUAUUAUUUUUUUUUAUUUAUCUGUACUGCCUUAUAUUGUCACUAUUGAAAGGAGAUCCUAUACCAAGAGGUAAUGAAUACGAAAUUGUAACAAGAAUUUAAGCAAAAAU